CGUAAACCCCCUUCUUGGUAACGAUGAGAGUGUAGGGUUUAUGUAGAGUGGAGUUGGUGAUACGAAAAACUAAGCAUUAGCAGCAGCAUAUCUUUCACCACGGAUAUGCACCCAAGAAUGAGUCUGGUAGCAGGAUCAUACGAGAGGUUCAUUUGGGGCUUCUCCCUAAAUCCCAAAAACGAAACCCUGACCCUAACCCCUCUCUUCUCUUACCCUUCCCACCUCUCUCUCAUCAAGUGCGUCGCCGUCUCCGGCUCCGUCGUGGCCUCCGGCGGUGCUGACGACACAAUCCACCUCUGCGACCUCGUCACCGCUGCCUCCCUCGGCUCCCUCCACCAACACUCUGCCACGGUCACCGCCCUUGCUUUCUACGCCCCUCCCUCCCUUCCCUUUCCCCGCAACCUCCUCUCCGCCGACGCCGAAGGCUCACUGUCGCUCUUUGACGCCGAUGGCUUCGUCCACCUGAAGACGCUCCCCCGCGUCCACCGCCGCGCCGUCAACGACCUCUCACUUCACCCCUCCGGCAAGCUCGCACUCUCUGUUGGCCGUGAUGAAUGCCUCGCCAUGGUCAACCUUGUACGUGGCCGAAGGAGCUUCUGUUGCCGCCUUGGAAAGGAGGCAAGUAUAGUGAGGUAUGACUUGGCCGGAGACAGGUUCUUUAUGGCCAUGGAGGAGAAGGUGACUGUGCACGGGGCUGAGGAUGCGCGCUUGCUAUUUGAAUUGGACUGCCAGAAAAAGGUCCUCUGCGCUACGCCAGCGAAGAAUGGACUUCUAUACACAGGUGGUGAGGACCGAAAUAUCACAGCAUGGGACAUAAACAGCGGGAAGGUGGCUUAUUGCAUUGAAGGAGCACAUAAUGCCCGUGUAAAAGGAAUUGUUGUGCUCACAGAUAGUGAUGCUGCUUCAGGGAGUGAUGAUCCGUACCUAGUUGCAUCUGCAUCAUCUGAUGGGGUUAUACAUGUCUGGGAUGUUCGAAUGGCCGCAACAGAGAAGUUGAAUCCAGUAGCUGAGUGUAGGACACAAUCUAGGUUGACAUGCCUUGCUGGAUCAUCUCUAAAAUGUAGCUUUUGUUUUCGGAACAGGACGCAGAGACAUGGACAACACUUGUUUAAAACGUGUUUGGAAGCAGAGACAUGGACAGUGAACAUAUUGUCUCUGAGACAGUUUUUUAUACUUUUGUGUUUACUCUUUUACGAAGGACAUUAAUGGACAUGG